GUCAAUGGCAUGUCCUUCGAUUGUUUCUUCGAGACUGUUCGAGACCACUCGAGAACUGCGGGAUUGUCCCGAACUGUUUGACUUUACCGGGGACAUCGGGGUGAGACAUGCGACCAGUUUCAAUCAGUCUGUGACAGUGGGUCGUGAUACAAAGCUUAUUUUGUAGCAGUCAUUAGAUUUGUUUGCUCGAUAAGCCGUUGGUGAACUACCUGUGUGCACGAGACAAUGGAGGUGACGACUUCCGAAUUUACGCCGCGAGCGUAUCAGAUAGAUCUUUAUGAGAAGGCUGUGGAAAAUAACAUUAUUGUUUAUUUGCCAACUGGUGCAGGCAAGACGUACAUAGCUGUUAUGCUGCUGAAAAAAUUCAGCGGCGAAAUACAAAUGUCUUACAGUAAAAAUGGCAAACGUAGCAUAUUUAUCGUAAACACAGUAGCAUUGGUCAGACAACAAACAGAUUAUAUAAGAAGACACACAUGCCUAACUUGUAAAGGCUACAGUGGUGAUAUGAAGGUAGAUUGUUGGAAAGAAGAUCAAUGGAUACUCGAAUUGGAUGCGAAUCAAGUUUUAGUAAUGACCGCUCAAAUAUUUGUUGACACUAUUACCCAUGGUUAUAUAAAGUUAGAUAGGAUAAAUUUAAUUAUGUUUGAUGAGUGUCAUAGAGCUGUGAAUAACCAUCCUAUGCGGCAAAUUAUGCAACUAUUUGAGAAGUAUUGUAAGAAACAGCAGCCACGUAUCUUAGCUAUGUCAGCAACAUUAUUAAAUGCUAAUAUAAAGUCUGACAAAAUUGAAUCUACUAUCAAGGAUUUGGAGGUGACAUUCCAGGCGAAAGUAGCAACUGUAAAAUCAACAGAUUGUAUCCAAGAAUACUGUACAAAUCCAAAGGAGAAUAUUAUUAAGUACGAUACUUAUGUGGCUGCUACAGUGGCUGUAGAUGUGAAUCAAAUAAUAGACGAUUCCAUAAGUAUAUUAAAGAAUAUAAUCUUUGAUACCGAUAAAUUAUUUAUGGAUUCUAGCCCACAUUUUCAGCCUAGAAAGAAAUCUACAAAAUUAACUGGUAUUAUGAAAGAUAUACUGACGACUACAAUACAAGCAGGUAUAUUUUGCAUGGUGCAUAGUAAAGUGCUCCACGUUAUCUUUGUUCUUAUUAAAAACAGAGUCCUUAUCAUAUUUCAGCAAACAAAUAUCAUUUUAGAAUAUCUAAUUACGCAACUUGUCAGAAUAAGAAAAUUGUUUGAUGAUGCAAUGAGAGGUUGUACAGAAUUAGAACGAAUAUACAAGUUUUCAUCUGACCAGAUGUACAAACUAUUUACUUUACUGAAGGAUUUCAAUGCCAAUAAAUUGAUUGAUCAAAAGUUUUGCUGCAUUAUUUUUGUCAAAGAAAGAUUCAUGACGCAAGUGCUAUAUCAUAUCUUAAAGACACUGUCUAUGCAUGAUGAUCAGUAUCAUUUUCUUUUGCCUGACUUCAUAGUUGGAUGCCACAAUAGUCCUUAUAAAAAUACUAGAGAAGUUUUAUGUCUUGCGAAAUGGCAAAAGGAAGUAAUGCAAAGAUUUAGAAAAGGUUUAUCGAAUUGCAUCGUAGCGACCGAUGUUGUUGACGAAGGAAUUGACGUACCACUUUGUGCAUUAGUAGUGCGCUAUGACUUACCAACGGAUUAUAGAGCAUAUGUUCAAAGUAAAGGUCGUGCACGGCAUGGCACUAGUCAUUACACAGUUCUAGUGCCGCGCGACGAUGAAACUUUCCUUUCAAGAUACAAAGAUUUUAAAAUUACAGAGUUAAAAAUGAAAACGAUUUUAAUAGGAAACGAGGUUCGUAGCUUACCCACUGAUAAAGAGAUUGAAAAUGGUCUAUAUCAGCAUGAAAUCUUACCGUAUACAGUGAGUGCUGCAGGCAUUGUUUUAACAGAGAACAAUGUGGUCAGUAUAUUAAAUAGAUAUUGCAAUAGCCUGUUACGAUGCAAGUUUGUCACCUUGAUUCCAGUUUGGACUUUGUACAAAACCAGUAGCAAUUUGUAUCAGGUUUCUAUUCAAUUACCGAGCAUAUCGCCAUUGAAGGAUAUAAGUUAUGGUGACUUUAUGGCAAACAUAAAUUCUGCCAAGCGAUCCGUCGCGAUGAAAUGUUGCAUAAGAUUGCACCAGCUGGGUGCAUUAACAGAUAAUAUAGAACCUGUCUUGCCGAAUGCAGUCUUAGAAGAGAAAAGUUACUUAUUUCCUAAUUGGAUAAACGAAGAUGACUCUUCGUGUGGUACACAUAAGAAGAAACGACGACAUAAACUGCAGUAUCCAACGGCGUUAUACGGAGCAUUUCCACACUACGGAGUGAAAUUGUAUCUCCAUGUUCUCCACGCCAGUCCCACAUAUUCCGUACCGUAUGAUAACAGGCAUUUGGUCUUUUACAAUUUACUCAAUGACAAGAGUGGCUUUGGCAUCCUUUCCACAAAGAGCAUGCCGAAGAUACCGUCUUUUCCAAUUUUCAUGAAUAUCGGCGAGUUGAACGUCACAAUAAAGCCUAAUUACGCAACGAUGACGCUAAAUAAUGAAGAUAUUAAAUCGCUCAAAAUAUAUCAUACCUUGCUCUUCAGUGAAGUGAUUCCGGUGAUAAAAAAAUUCAUGGUAUUUGACAAGGACAAUCUUGAGAACUCUUUUCUAAUUGUUCCGCUGAAUGUCGAUUGGGAAAUAAAUUGGGACGAUGUAAGGAAAUAUCAACACGUGGAGAAGGUUCCGUCAUCCACGCUCUCUCACGUCAGAUACAGCGAUUACGAAGUGACAUUGGUCAAUCCAAGUUACAGAACAUCACCGAGUGUGUAUAUAGUCACGCAAGUGUGUGACGACUUGACACCCACAUCGCUUUUCCCGACUGACGAUUUUGAAACAUACACGCAUUACUACGAAGAGAAACACGGAAUAAAAAUUCAGAAUCUAAAACAACCGUUGCUGGAAGUGAAGGCGAUUUCAACCAAGAUUAAUUGUAUAAAACCGAGGAGCAUGAAACCUGGACUUAGCAAACGUCGAAGAGCGGAUGUACUGGAAGAUUUUGAAGAACAUUUAAUUCCGGAGUUAUGCCGGAUGAUAUGUUUCCCGGCUCUAUACUGGCUAAAAGCGUCCACUUUACCUUCGAUUCUUCAUAGAAUUACGCAUCUUUUAAUCGCGGAAGAUUUGAGGGAAACUAUCGUAAGAGAGACCAAUUUAGGAAUCUUGGCAUUACCAUCCGGCAGUGAAUGGCCUGCAUUAGAUAUGAUAGAAAAGGAAAUUGUCGAACAGUCAACGGAACCAUUGUUAGACACAAUAUUGGACGACACGAUUGAAAGCAUGCAAGCAGAGCCGGAUAUGAAUGAAUUAGAAUUAGACGUACUGAACACCGAAGCGAAUUUAUAUCCUUGGUCAAAGGAUCAGGAACCUCAGGAUAUAUACCGUGACAUAGAACACAUUCAAAUGAUAGAUAUACAAUACUAUUGCCAUUUUAUGGAUGGAAACAGUAACGAGGAUGACACGAUUCUGAACAACUUGGACAGAAACAUCAUAUAUAUAUCAAAGCCAACAGUAACGGUACCACCGUUGAACAUUCUCGCCGAGAAACAUUCGUACGGACCUGGUCCGACGGAAAUUCUGCAGGCACUUACCACCAAGAUGUGUCACGACAUGUUCAAUUUGGAGAGAUUGGAAACUUUGGGCGAUUCGUACCUAAAAUUCAUUACAUCGUUAUUUUUGUAUCACACCUUUCCAAUGCUCAGUGAGGGUCAGUUGACGGCGAUAAAAGGCAGAAUCAUCGGCAAUCGCAAUCUGUAUUACAACGGCGUGAACAAGGGCAUACCUGGGCGUUUGAAGAUCGACGAGUUUGCGCCAAUGAGCACUUUCAUCGUGCCCGCGUACACAGUAUUCCGACCAUUGCAAAAGACGCUAUUGGACCAGGACGUGUCGUCGAAUAUACUGUACGAACUUCCGGUACCAGACGAAGAAAGAUUAACCGGUGACAUAAGCGCAAGUACAAGUAACACAAUACAGAACACGAUAUCGCAAUGGAGCUUGGCGGAAAUCCAAACUGGCAUGGAGCAUUACCUCAAUAUUCAAAUUAUAUCCGAUAAAGCCAUAUCGGACUCGAUAGAAGCGCUAAUUGGUGUUUAUCUCAGGAAUACUGGCAUAAGUGGCGCUGCGAAGCUACUUAAGUGGUUUGGCAUAUUACCAGAUAUCAAGAUUGAUGAAUUACUGAACGGUACUAAUUCAUCAAAUCCUAUAAUCGGCAUAGGAAAUCCAAACGAACAUAUGCCAUGGGCCGAUAGCAUAGAAAAAAGGCUUGGUUAUAAAUUUAACAAUCGAGCAUAUUUGUUGCAGGCGUUUACCCAUCCGUCGUAUUCGGUAAAUAGAAUAACUGAUUGCUAUCAGAGACUUGAAUUUCUUGGGGACGCUGUGCUGGAUUUCUUAAUUACGUGCCAUAUUUACGAAUUUUGCGGCAACUUGAGUCCGGGUGCUCUUACCGACCUGAGGUCUGCCCUCGUCAACAAUAUAACAUUCGCAUGCUUAGCCGUGCGAUAUGGUUUACACACUUGUUUACUGGCCUAUGCUCCGCAACUACACGAAAUGAUCAACCGCUUCGUCAAGUUUCAAGAAGACCGGAAUUACGCAAUUAACGAUGAGUUAUUGUGGGUGUUACUUGAAGAGGAAGAUUGCAACAUAGCAGAAUACAUUGAUGUUCCGAAAGUUUUGGGAGAUUUAUUCGAAACAUUAAUCGGAGCUAUCUAUCUCGAUAGUAACAGAAACUUGGCAAAAGUCUGGGAGAUGGUUUAUUCUUUUAUGCACAAGGAAAUUGAUGAAUUUAGCAGAAAUGUCCCAAAGAAUCCAGUCCGAGUGAUAUACGAACAUCAAGAUGCACAUGCUAAAUUUCUUGAAGCAACAAUGAUUGAAAGCAAAAACAUCGUCAUGGUACCGUUAAAAGUAACCAUUGCCGGUAAGGAAAAGAUAUUUUAUGGCUUUGGACCUAACAAGAAGCUAGCCAAAUGUGCAGCUGCAAAACAAGCAUUGAAAAAAUUACGCAGUCCGAAAUAAAUGUUUGAUGUGAUUGUUAUAUACAAUGCGAGUAUGUUUUUAUAUCUGUUAAUACCAUUUAUAGACAGUUUAUAAACCUAUAGAUGUAUAGAUGCAUGUUGAAAAGAUUGGAGAUUCAUUUUCAAGUCUCAAUGGGCGUUGUCGAUACGCGAUUCUACAUCUUGCAACACUUAUAAGACUAGACGCGAAUCGUAAUCCGCAUCAUAAUCAACAUGUUAAAUGGGUAUGCGAUAGAAAUCAAAUCGUUCUUCAUAUUUUCUUUCGAAUGUAAAAGGAAAUUUCUUCCUAUAUAUAUUUCUAUGUUUCUAAUGUUUCUAUAUAGAGAUAAGUUUAGAAUUAUUUAUUCGAGCUACUUAGGUGUAAAAGUCUUAAACGAGGACUAAUAGUAAAGAAAAAGUAAGUAAGAAACUAACUAAUACGAUAUUUAACGAUCAGUGAAAACUGGUACGACAAUUUGCACGCCACCAGUGCCACAUAGCGCAGCGUAGCAUAUCAGAUUUACGAUGUGGGGAAUAUAUUGUACACGUUUCUGAUUUCUUCCACUUUACAAUCUUGGCGUAAGUUAUUUUUUGUCCUUUUUGUUUUUACCAAGUAAGGGGUGUGCGAAUCAGUUGUCAAUAUUGGACACUAUGAGAUGAGUGUUGUAUGAUACGAUAUUAGGAGCCUCCAGUCGAAAGUAUACCGAGAAAUAUACAUGUCUGAGGAAAAAAAAAAAA